GAUCGACGCUGCCACGUCAAGUGAGACGGGAGUGAGUGAAUGAAGUGGCACUAUUUCGGCAUUUUGUAAAGUUUCGUCUUCGGAGAAGGCUUGAAAAGUGCCGUAUUUUUCAACAUGAGAGUUAUCUUAUUUACGGCGAUAGCCCUUUUGGGCGCCGCUUUGGCUGAUGAUAUACCCACAGAAGAAAAUGUGCUCGUGUUGAGCAAAUCCAACUUCGAAGGUGCAAUCUCAUCAAACAACUUCAUUUUAGUUGAAUUCUAUGCGCCAUGGUGCGGUCACUGCAAGUCCCUCGCUCCGGAAUACGCCAAGGCUGCCACCAAAUUGGCCGACGAAGAGUCCUCCAUCAAGCUGGCUAAGGUUGAUGCCACGCAAGAACAAGAGCUCGCUGAGAGCUUCGGCGUCAGGGGAUACCCGACACUGAAGUUCUUCAGGAACGGCAGCCCUAUUGAUUACACAGGUGGUCGCCAGGCUGAUGACAUCAUCACAUGGCUGAAGAAGAAGACUGGUCCUCCAGCUGUUGAAGUGUCAUCUGCUGAGCAAGCAAAGGAGCUCAUUGGUGCCAACAAUGUCAUCAUCUUCGGUUUCUUCUCUGACUCAAAUACUCCUAAAGCCAAGUCUUUCGUGAGUGUAGCCAGUGGCAUUGAUGACCAGGUCUUUGCCAUUGUUUCUGACUCGAAAGUCAUUGCUGAGCUGGAAGCUGAAGAUGAGGAUGUUGUCCUCUUCAAGAAUUUCGAAGAGCCCCGCGUCAAGUACGACGGUGAGAAAUUCGACGAGGACCUGUUCAAGACCUGGGUGUUCGUCCAGAGCAUGCCCACCAUUGUCGAGUUCUCUCACGAGACUGCCUCCAAGAUCUUCGGUGGUCAGAUCAAAUACCACCUCCUUUUGUUCCUGUCCAAGAAAAAUGGCGAUUUCGACAAGUACACUGAGGAACUCAAGCCCGUUGCCAAGAACUACCGUGACAGGGUUAUGUCCGUCGCCAUUGACGCUGACGAAGAUGAACACCAGAGAAUCCUGGAGUUCUUCGGCAUGAAAAAGGAGGAGAUCCCCUCUGCCCGUCUGAUUGCCCUGGAACAGGACAUGGCCAAAUACAAGCCCGCUAGCGACGAACUUUCUGCCAACUCCAUUGAGGAAUUCAUCCAGUCCUUCUUCGCUGGUACCCUGAAACAGCACUUGUUGAGCGAGGACCUCCCCGCCGACUGGGCCGCCAAACCCGUCAAGACCCUGGUCGCCACCAACUUCGAUGAAGUCGUAUUCGACAACAACAAGAAGGUCCUUGUUGAAUUCUAUGCCCCAUGGUGCGGUCACUGCAAACAGUUGGCUCCUAUCUACGACAAGUUGGGAGAGCACUUCGAGAAGGACGAUGACGUCAUCAUCGCCAAGAUGGACGCCACCGCCAACGAGCUGGAACACACCAAGAUUACCUCCUUCCCAACCAUCAAACUGUACACUAAGGAUAACCAGGUGAAAGACUACAAUGGCGAGAGGACGUUGGCAGCUAUGACCAAGUUCGUAGAGACCGAUGGUGAGGGCGCCGAGCCUACACCCAGUGUGAGCGAGGAUGAUGAAGAAGACGAACAGCCAUCCAGAGACGAGUUAUAAGCGCUUGGGGGCCCGUACACUCUCAUGAGACUUCCAUAGUAUAGUACUGUAUAGAUUAUAAUUAUUACUUUUAUACUGAAACUAACAUGUUUGCAUUUCACUUGCUAGACUGUUGACUUGUUCUCUAAAUUGUUUUAAGGGUUGUACUUGAACGAAGUAAGUUAAUAGUACGUAUUGUUUGAUAUUUUAUUACCUAAUACUCUGUCUGUUUGUACACGCGUAUCGUCAGAGCGGCCGGAUCUCGUGCAAGUGCCCAGUGAAAUUAAUUUAUUUUCUAAAAGCAUAAUUUAUUUUGCAUAAACAGCAGCGUAACGAUAGUUUAUGUAUAAUAAAUAAAUAUUACCAUAUUUAUAAUUUCUGUAUCAUAAUGGUAUAAUGUUUCACAUUCCUUAGUACAAGUUAGUUACAUCGAACAAGUGUUUUGUUGAAGAAGCAUUGGCGAUAUUUUUAUAUUUUACUUGUACAUUAAUUCAUCACAACAAGUAUAAUUACUUAAGCAGGAUCUUAAGCCGUUAAGUUGUAUUUUUGUAGCGUUUUUUAUUAAAAUUGUUAUGUUGAAUAGUUCAAUCAUAAGUACUUGCAUUGUCAAAUGUAUUUAGUGCUAUUUUCAUAAUUAUAAUUGUUAUUGAAGAUCUUGAAAAUGUAAUUUUCUACGGAUAUUUGGUAAUUCUGUCUAUACAUGUAAAUAUUCAUAAAUGUAUUUGCCAAAUCUGCAAUUGUGUAUCUAUUGUGGAUACAGAAAUUGAUAAAUAAACAAAAUUAAACCUA